AAAUGUAUUAAGACAUGCAUUUAUUCAUAUGCCUAAAGGCAGCAGAAAGAAAUACAGACGACGUGACCACAGCAUCCUCAACAGUGACAACAACCCUGGCACCCCACGUAGUUACAUCCACCCUGAUGGCAUUUAUUUACCUUGCACUUCAAAAUCUCAAUUAUAUGUAUAAAGAAAAGGAAAAAAAUAAAGACAGAUUCACAAAGGAUGCAGAGAUAUUAGAACACAGUCCUUUUCAUGCUUCAAGAUGCUACUACAGCUUUUAAUUAAACCACUUAAAAAAAUCUGGGCCUGCACCUAAAAUUGAGUACAGCAUUGACCUUUUAGCUGCUUCAUUACCCUAUCAGAAACAAACAGAGCACUGCUUUAAUGUCUCGAUGUCGCACCGAUGUAGAGCCUAUAGGCUUCUCCUGCACCAGCGGGGCCACACACAGAGGCCUGGCAGACCUCAGGCUGUUUUCCCGGCCUCUGUCGCCUCACGGGAGACCUCCAAUUGCCCUGUUAAGAGUCCUUCAAAAUACACAUCCCCCUGUUUUAUAGACACGGAAGCAAUUUGUGGCCAUUAUAGAGCAUUUUAGAUAGCAUCUACAAAACUUCCCGUUGUUGACUAAACGUCUGCCAGAGUGGACACACACACACACCCCAAAGAGUUAACGGAGAGAAAAAGAAAACAAAGAUGCAAAGGAUCUUGUUUGUUGGUUUGGGGUUAGCUGUUUUAAGUAUAGUUAGAGAAAUUAGGCUAUAAAAAGAAGCAAAAUAAAACAUGAAGGCGGCCUAUGAGCACAGCGGACCACCCAGGAUCUUGUUGGAGGAGGAGGGGGAGGAGAGGAGCUGUAUGUCCUUGUCGAGUCCAAGUUAAAGGGUUGGGAUUGGGUAGUAUAAAACUGACAGAACUGGGGGUGUUAAGUAGAGUCCUGUACAGGCCAGCAAAUGAGACUAUAGACUAGAGACUAGAGCUAUAUUUUUGCUUUGAUUCCAACAUUACUGGCUGUCAGGCUAUGCUUUGAAAGACGAGCAAGAGUGUAGGGCUAAGUACUAAAAAUAUAGAUGUUUUGGCCUCCACUGCUUCAAUUUAGACAUUUCUUUUUUAAAGUAUAAAUUUGGUUUGAAAAGGUAAAAAAUUCUGGGCGUGUGGAGGUAGAAAGAAGUGAUCUUACCAGACCUCUGUAGCCCACGCCACACCCCUGCUUGAGGCUAGCAGCUUAAGACUACAUCAGCUGCUACUAGCAUAACACACCUGAAUCUCUGAUCGAACUGUCAGCAGUCGAGUAAUGUAAUGCACUGAGUAAUGCAGGCACUGGGUUUUGAAAAGGAAGAAUGUGAGGAAUAAAAAAGACAAUCUCUCUCAUUCUACUGUAUGAGGGUCAGUGGAGUUCUCUCUUAAAGAGUUUGUCUGGUUUGGACUGGAUCUAGGAACUGACCAAAGAUAGACACCUCAGUCUAGGGUUGUUGUGUGUGUUGAAAAUACAAAUAAUUAAUAAAGUAAUAAAGUAUCCUGCUCAGCCUGCUAAGCCUAACAGCUAUUUUAUGUAGCCUAGAGCAAUUCUGAUUCACUGAAGCUCACUGGCUCUGCACUUCAACAUUUCUAACAUUUGCUUGACUAAAGCGAAAAUGUGCUUUUAAUUCACUAAGUAUAUCUGACAGCUGAGGGCGUGGCUGUAGUUUUAAAGACUUAAGUUUUAAUUGCAACACUAUAUCCACAAUAAUGCAUCUGCAGAAACUACACAGAGCAGAGGAUCAUUCUUUCAUUCAGAAUGAUUACUUUCCUUUUGGAAACGUUUCCAAAAAAAAAAAAAAGAAAGAAAAAAGUGAAGGACCUGGCCUUGGAGAGGAGUUUUCUGAUGUAAGUUGAUGUUUAUGUAAAGGUUUUUAGAACUUUCGUCAACCACUUGAAAAUGGGUUCUUUUCAAAAAUUUAGAAAGAGUAAGAGUCAAAGCUGGCCUUGACAUUUUGGUGCUAAAAAAGACAUGUACUGUAGGCACUGAAAUAAAGACAAAAAAUAGAUUUGAAAUACAAAAAACUGUACACUGUGCACAAGACCAGGACCAGAAGUUAACAGAGCUCAGAGAGGUAGUCCUCCUGACUACAGCCGUUCCUGGAGAGCAGCUGGGACAAGGAGGGGAGAGGAGGAGGAGGGUGGGUGUUGGGGCGGGGGGGCAGCCGUCAUCAGCGGAGCUCAGAGUGAGUGUCAGCUGGCCGAGCAGAGCAUGGUGGCAAAGCAGCGCAGCAGGACAGGGUGUUGCUGCUGGGCUUUGGCCAGGACAGUCAGAGGAGCCAAACAGUUUGGAUCUCACACACACCUGACUCCUCAAAGUGUAGAUAUGUUUGAUAACUCUCACUACCCCUUCAACUGUUUUAACUACGAUGGAGACGGAUAUCCUUCCUCUAGCACUGACGAAGAGAAGAAAAUGUGUCGACCAGCAUACAGCUACAUCGCCCUGAUAGCCAUGGCUAUCCAGCAGAGCCCUGAGCAGCGGGUCACUCUGUCUGGUAUCUACGAGUUCAUCAUGAAGAGAUUUCCAUACUACCGAUCCAACCAGAGAGCCUGGCAGAACUCCAUCAGACACAACCUGUCUCUCAACAGCUGCUUCAUCAAGGUUCCUCGGACAGAGGGCAAUGAGAAGGGAAAGGGAAACUUCUGGACUUUUGCUACCGGCUGUGAAUCCAUGCUUGACUUGUUUGAAAAUGGCAACUUUCGGCGUCGCCGGCGCAGGAGGAACAUGAAAAUCGGCCUCCGUGAUUCAGGAGAAACCCCUUUCCACCCUCUGGAGAGCCACAGCAAUCAGCACAUACCGGCGACUCGGCACCCCGAAUCCGACUCCACCCUAUGCCCUUUGAACCCUGAGAGGCCAAGGCCCGGUCUGCAGCAAAACCACCUCAUCCCAAACCCCACCCAGCAGGGGAAACCAGAGUCAGAGAUCAAGUUUAGCAUUGACUACAUCCUCUCCACUCCGGAUCCACCCCUGCCUGGGUUCAGAUCUUCCCACGGGCCCGUGCACAUAGGGCCAACAGGGCCAUCUAUACAUGUUCUGGAGCCCCAGCACCUGAACCUGCACUUCUGGACUCUGUGAACAGAUAGAGGAGAGCAAAGAAGACUGAAUUAAUUCCUUUCAGUUGCGUUUGUGUUGAAAACUGGGAAGUAUAUACAGACAUCCAAGGACGAGAGAAAUUCCACAGGAGGAAUUUUACUAACUUGAAAAUGUAAAUGAGGAACAAAAUAAAAAGGUACAGUAUUGUGAUGGAUUCUAGAUGGAAAAAAAUCACAUAAAGAAAGCAUCAUGCUGUCAAAUAUAAAAUGUGAACAAUACAGUUCAGUGUUCAUAUUGUUAUUAUACUGUUUGUGCAGUGUCUAGUGCUGACAUAGACUAGGUUUACAGUAUUCUAUAUAUGUAUAUACACAGGAGCUGUGUAUAGCACAAGUAUGUUGUGUUUAAAAAUGUUUUAAAAAUCAGAUUAAGUGUAACAAACUCCAUUUGUUUGAUUUAUUUAUCUUCAGAUCACAUGGUCUUCUUCAGAUUUAUUUCCAGUGAAUGGCUCUGAUAAUAAUGAUUGAAUUAUUGCAUCCAGUUCCCUUUGUUUAUUUAGUGUCAGGACAACUGAAUCUGACAAGACGUUCAGCAUUAAAAUCCACUGCUCUUUAAGAUUAAAACUAAUCUAAAAUGAGAAAUUUGUCAGAAAAUAAAUUGUUGUAGCUUAAAGCUGUUUAACAGGAAAAAAAAUACUGAUUGUCAUAAAAUUCUCAAACCACAUACAGUAAGAGCAUGCAACAAUUAUCAAAAUUUAGUCAUGAGGUUUUUGACAUUUUGACAUAUGACAGAUAACAAUAACAAAAUGAUUCACGGCUGAAUGCCAUUUAGCUGCUUUGCUUUCAGGGUAGAGGAACUGAGCAUGCUGGCUCACAUGCCCCAAAUCCAUACAUAGUAUUUUAAUACAGUAUUUACAUACAUAACAGUCAUCAAAAUCUGUUCAAAAACAUGUUACAUACCACAUAGAUCAGAGCCAUUGUUCCGUGUUGUGACACCUGCACUUUUCUUACUAUGACAAGUCAAAGUGUUUGCUGUGAAAAAGGCCUAUUCUGACUGAAUUCAAUUACUUCAGACCCACCUACUGCCCACAUUUUGCAAAUUUUUUCAUUGACCUUUUGAAAUCCUGAUUGACUGACACUUAAAUUCUAAUCCAGUCACUCCUUAUUAUAAAGUAUUGUAUUCACACACUUAAAAGAAGCCUAACGAAACAGAGGUCUGGCAAACAUUUCUUGCCUCUACAAGGGAGAUCAAUCAUGGCGUGUUCCUGCGCUGUUGAAGGGACAUUUUUCAAUUUAACCUUUAUAUUAUGUCUUGACUACAUCAGAGGAGUUUCAACACACUUAACAUGAGUGGCAUUUAAUAUAGCAUAACACUUGCAAGGUGAGGCAGAGAUGUGACCCUAUUUAAAUACAGGGGCCCCUGCCUAUAAGCCUUAACAGCAACACCUCCCCCACAAACAAACACACACACAUGCACACAAACCCCUGACGCAAUUAUAAUUAAACACACCUUAUGCCUCCUUUGCAAAUGCCCCUCAUCGAUCUGUGGGUUCUUAACAUUCAUACGUGAACUGCCCCCCAGCAAACGUCUGUGGCGGCACAAGCGUUUAUGGAUCAGCAAGUUUCCAUUAACAAAAGUUGUUGAUGUUGAAUAGCAGGGGCCGCUGCCGCCACGACGCCGCGGAUAUAUUUGGGUAAAUUAACUUAGCAUAAAGUGCUCUGAGGCUACUGGGGUCUUUUGAGGCAGCUAAAGAGAAAGCAAGGCACCAGUCAGGCCCGAAAAGUCAAUGCACAUAUUAUGAUGUCAGUGAAUAUAUGAAACUGUAGCUACUGGCACAGUGUCCCAAUGAGUGGCCUCUAUUAAAUCACCAUAAAUUCAUCCAUUUAGUUUCAUUCCAAGUGAUCCCUCUACCAUCUUCAGCCUGUUGUUUAUAAUUACGUACACAAUAAUAUUUCUCAUUUAUAGGAGUGUGGAGAUUUGCUUUGUUUAAGACUUCAUUAUGUGUAUGCUGGCAGGUAAAAUGAGCAGCUCAGGGCAAGAAACAGUGGGAUUGCAGGUAGGAGAAAAUUGGGAAACCAUUGAUCUGCAACGUUAAUAUAAAGUAAAUCAUAAACACAAAUAGGUCAUUUAAUCUUCAGUGCUUGUUUAGGGACUUGGUUUCACUGAGGCUGUGGUGAGGAUUAUACUAUGAAGAUAAAUAUUAGUGUGUUGUUUUGUUCUAAUGAGAAUGAAUCUGUUUAGUGUACAAGUGUAAUUUUUUAGUAUUUAACUGUUUCCUUGAGCUGUGAUUGGAGGAGAGGAAUUCACUAAGGGGCUGCACAGGAAAGACAUUGCUAUCACUCCGAGCCACC